CACAUCCCUUUCCCUUCUCUCCAGUGUACUUCCUCCUCCUCCUCCCCUCAUGCCCUGGCCCUGUGGGCCUGCACACGCUCUUGCCCUCCCAGCUGCACAUGUACCCAGGAGAAGAGCUGCAGCGUCCUGUGUGACCACGUCAGCAUGAUGGACCUGCCCAAAGAGUUCCCCUGCGAGGCGUCCUACAUCAACGUGGACAAGAACAGCAUCAAGUUUCUGUCCGAGCGGGCCUUUGGCACCCUGCCUUCGCUCAAGACGCUCUCAAUCAACCACAACAACAUCUCCUUCAUCACGCCAGGAGCGUUUAAAGGGCUGCCCAACUUGCUGGAGCUCAAGUUGGCCCACAACGAGUACAUCCGCUACCUGCACACUCGCACCUUUACGGCACUCAAGCGCUUGGUGCGUCUGGACCUCUCCGACUGCAACCUGUUCAGCAUGCCAGACCGCAUCUUCCUGGAGCAAAUCUCCCUGAAGGAACUGCUGUGCUUCCAAAACAACUUUCGCCGUGUUCCCGGUGCCAUAAGGGGGAUGGAAAACCUCACGCACGUUUACUUGGAGCGAAACAAGAUCGAAGCGGUGGCCUACAACUCUUUGUUGGGCCUGACCAACCUCAAGUAUCUGAACUUACAGGAGAAUCGCAUAAACGUGAUACACGAUGAGGCCUUCAAAGAUCUAGUGCGUUUGGAGAACUUCUACCUGAACGAUAAUCUGUUGGUCGACUUGCCCCAGCAGGCUUUCAAGGGCCUAAGCAACUUAAAAAUGUUGAAUCUGGGUGGGAACUUGUUGACUAAUGUCUCCAAAACAUGGUUCAGUGACCUGGUGGAGCUGGAGGUGCUGUACCUGGACCGAAACCGGCUGUCCUAUAUCGACGACGGUGCCUUUGAGAACUUGACGAGCCUGAUCACGCUGCACCUCAACAGCAACAAUCUGACAUCUCUGCCCUUCUCCGUCUUCCAGCCCAUCUAUUUCAUCGGCCGCCUGUAUCUCUUUCGAAACCCCUGGGAGUGUACCUGCGACCUGGAGUGGUUGAGGGAGUGGAUGGAGAGUUAUAAGCUGGUGAGGGACAUUCCUUGUGCAUCUCCAUCUUCUGUGGCUGGCUUGGACCUGAGUGAAGUUGUCUAUGCUCACCUGAAUGGCACCUGUCUGGAUCCUCCAGAGCUUAACCUGACCACGUCUCUUCCUGAGUAUUCCACCGUGGAGAACAGGUUCAACAGCCUCAUCUCCAAACUUCUACAGCAGGAAUUGAGGGACGAGAUGGUCAACGGCACGGAUGGUCUGAGGAACGGCACCCAGCAGGACCCCGCCGAGAGUCAGGUCUCUUCUGGACGUGGACUGUUUGGAGCUCCUCAGACUGUUUCUCUUCUUGUGAUUCUUUUUCAAGUCCAGAUUGACUGCAUUAAUGCCUCUUGAGAGUCUGGUGAAUAGUGAAAGGGACUGAAGCGCAUCCAAGAGUGGAAGUAAUUUUCCAGUAUGGGAAAUGUUUGGGUUUGGGGCCGCGAUGAAACAUUUGAUCUAUCUUGCCAUGAGCGGUGGGUUUUCUCAUGUUGAAAAUGAAAUUCUGGCAGAUAUCAUGGAGUUGGACAUGAUCAUCUCUGUAAAUGAAUGGAAACUGGUCUUUAAGGGAAAGGAGCAUGUUUUAAAUAAGACUGAGAAGGACUUUUGUUUUGUCAAGGCAAAGGACUGAUUAAAGUAAAACCGAAGGCCGUUUUGUGAGAACUGCAACUAGUACUCCGAAUGUUUUUAUAUCAUAAUUUUUAUCUAGAUUUGAUUUAAAACAUCAUCUUAGUAACACAUCUAUAGUAUGAAUAUGUUUGUACAUGUUCUGUUGUGUAACUUUGUAACAUUUGUUGUGUAGGAGAUUUAUCUGAUAAAGCUUCUCGUUAUCAUUUCACCAGAUGGUAUAACACACUGUCCUCUUUUGUUUGGUUCAUCGAAGUUUCCAGUUCUGGAAAAUGCAUUAGUCCUCCUAUUCCGUAAAGCUUAAGUGCACUCGGUAAAGUAAGCUGCUUCAUAUUGUAACCAAAUGGAUUGGCUUCAUCAUUUAUUUUCACUAUACAGAGCACAACAUGCACAGAAGGAUGUCAUACUCUGAGACAGCAGCUUCUGAGCUACUAAAUAUGUGUAAGAGACCUAAUAAUUGUGAUUUAACACUGAUUUUUGUUUGUGUAACUGAGAUACUUUGAAUAAACAAAGAUCAUUACAUAAAUACUCAAUAAAAUGACUCCCAGGUGCAAAGUUUUGAAAGUGUGCAGCUAAAUCACUGUUAAACAUCACAGUGCAAGUCUGGCAGCAUUAGGGUCCUUAGACUCUCAAAAUAAUAUAGUGUUUAGAAUCAAAUCUAAAUGGCAGGAUAAACUUAUCUCAGAAAAUGCUUUCGUGAAGUUUAGCUCCUGUUUAAAAGUUUGAAAAAUUACGCUCUCAUGGUACUGCAGCAGUUAAUAAUGCAACCUUGUCAGACUAUUCACUUAACAAAACAAAUAAUGGUAAAGUAAUUUUUUUUCUAGAUUGAAAUUCUCAUUUUGUCUAUUUGUGGUGAGACUAUUUAAAUCAAUCAUUUUUCUUCAGCUAACAUCAGAAACACAUUUGUCAAUGUGUAUAAGAUAAAAAAAAAAAUUCACAAUUUGUCUCAUUUUCAUGAAAAACAAUUCAAACAUGCAAAAUUUGGCUGAUUUUACAUUGCAUUGUUUCUGAUGAUUUAUUUUUAUGACAGCUAAACUAAGUCAAGCGCUAUGUUUGACUUGGUGUUUUAUUUCUGCGUCAAACAGGGUUCUGCAGGUGAAAGGUCAACUAGGAAGGCAGCAUUUCAACCCUCUGUUCUUGAUUAUGGCACAAACAGUGAUAAGCAGCAGCUCUCUUCAGGAGGAACACAGUUUGUUAGUGAGCAGGAAAACACUCGAGACCACAUACCCCGUCCCAGCUGGAGGAAGGUGAUGCCAAGUCCCCUUUAGUUGAGCCUCCUGGGAUUAGAACGUAAAUAAACCCUGUUUCUUUAUAUGUGACCCUGGACCACAAAACCAGUCAUAAGUAGCAUAUUUGUAGCAAUAGCCAUUGUAUGGGUCAAAAUUAUCGUUUUUCUUUUAUGCCAAAAAUCAUUACGAUACUAAGUAAAGAUCACGUUCCAUGAAGAUAUUUAGUACAUUUCCUACUGCAAAUAUAUCAAACUUAAUUUUUGAUUAGUAAUAUGCAUUGCUAAGGACUUCAUUUGGACAACUUUAAAGGCAAUUUUCACAAUAUUUUGAUUUUCUUGCAUUCUCAGAUUCCAGAUAUUCAAACGGCUGUAUCUCAGCCAAAUAUUGUCUCCUAUCAUAACAUCAUAGCUUGUCCUAUCAUAUCAUCGCUUAUUUAUUCAGCUUUCAGAUGUAUAAAUCUCAGUUUCAAAAAAAUGACCCUUAUGACUGCUUUUGUGGUCCAGGGUCACAUAUAUGAACGUUUAUAUUUACCCUCUAUGACAGUACCACAAUACACUACAGUGUAUGUGUUUUUUUUUUUUUAAUGAAUUCUUUUAUUCAGCAAGGAUGCUUUAAAUUGUUUAAAAGUGACAGUAAUGACAUUCAUAAUGUCAAAUAAAUUUUACUUUUGCGCUUUCUAUUCUUUAAAGAAGCCACAAAAAUGCAGAUGUUUUCAACAUUGAUAAUAAUAAUAUUGAUAAUGUUUCUUUAUCACCAAAUCAGCAUAUUAGAAUGAUUUCUGAAGGAACUGGAGUAAGGUUUACGGGAAUAAUUUACAUGUUUAAAAAUAUUAAAAUAAAGUUAUUUUAAAUUGUAAUAAUAUUCCACAAUAUUACUGUUUUACUGUAUUGUAAUUACAUAAAUGCAGCCUUGGUGAACAUGAGAGACUUCAAAUAAAACUCUUGAAUGUUAGUGUAUAUUAAGAUAAAGUGGAAACUUUACACAUGUAGCAGUGCACUAGCUCUCGGUUUCUAUUGCAUACAGAAAUAUGUCCGACACACAGCACCACUGGUCAGGCAAGCACUCGCUCUGGGCACUGAUCCCGACUGCAGUCACACAGAGUCAAGCGGGCAGGGCGUGACCUACCACAGCUGCUGGGAAAAAUCCGGAAAAACAAAACAGUAAAAGAGGAACCAAAAGUUUUCCAUUGGCCCGUCUCUGCCAACUCGCACAGAGAGGCUGAGCAACACAGAGCAGAAGACACAGAGGAGAUCUUCACCACAUAAAAGGAAAUAUAUUUUUAAAAAAACACGCUCAUACCGAAGAGCUGCUCCGUCAUCGGCAGAGCCAUUUACACAGGGCAGUUUGAGUAAACAGUUUGUCAUGUACAGAACCAUUCAGAUGA